ACAGCUCUCAGGAACGAUGCCCUUUUGUCACAAUUUACUUAAUAUGUCCUGUGUGAAAAGCAACUGGUCGAAUGACAUCCGUGCUUCCCUGUACAGUUUAAUGGUGUUCAUAAUUCUGACCACACUGGUUGGCAAUCUGAUAGUUAUUAUUUCCAUAGCACACUUCAAGCAACUUCAUACCCCGACUAAUUGGCUCAUUCAUUCCAUGGCCACCGUGGACUUUCUGCUGGGGUGCCUCGUCAUGCCUUAUAGUAUGGUGAGAUCUGUUGAGCACUGUUGGUAUUUUGGAGAAGUCUUCUGUAAAAUUCACACCAGCACUGAUAUUAUGCUUAGCUCAGCAUCCAUUUUCCAUUUGUCCUUCAUCUCCAUUGACCGCUACUAUGCUGUGUGUGAUCCGUUGAGAUACAAAGUCAGGAUCAAUAUCUUGGUUAUUUUUGUGAUGAUCUUCAUUAGUUGGAGUGUCCCUGCUGUUUUUGCGUUUGGAAUGAUCUUCCUGGAACUAAACCUCAAAGGAGUUGAAGAGAUAUAUUACAAACGUGUUCACUGUAUAGGGGGUUGCUCUGUCUUCUUCAGCAAGAUAUCUGGGGUGGUGGCCUUUAUGACUUCAUUCUAUGUACCUGGAUCUAUUAUGUUAUGUAUCUAUUAUAGAAUAUAUUUUAUAGCUAAUGGGCAGGCAAGAUCAAUUAAUGAUAUGAAUCAGAAGCUUCACUUUGGAUUGAAAGAGAAAUAUGGAAUUUCACAAAGCAAAGAAAGGAAAGCUGCAAAGACAUUAGGGAUUGUGAUGGGAGUUUUCCUAACAUGCUGGUGCCCUUUCUUUGUCUGUACAGUCAUGGAUCCUUUCCUGGACUACACUAUUCCACCCACCUUGAAUGAUGCCUUGAUUUGGUCUGGCUAUUUGAACUCUACAUUUAAUCCAAUGGUUUAUGCAUUUUUCUAUCCCUGGUUUAGAAAAGCACUGAAGAUGAUUCUAUUGGGUAAAAUUUUCCAAAAAGAUUCAUCUAUGUGUAAAUUAUUUUUAGAAGCAAAUCCAUAG